AUGAUUAAAUUAGAAUUACUCCUAACAAUAUUAACUACUCUAAUCAUUUUUUCUAAUUCUGAAAUUUCUGAAUAUCACAACAGAAAUUUACCAACAGACAAUGAACUCUUUGACGAUCCAAUUGUUGAAUGCGAAGAGACAAUGAUAUCUUUAACUUUUAAAACAAAAAAGCCUUUUAAUGGACGUGUUUAUGUUCAAGGAAUGGCAGAUGAUGAAAGAUGUUCAAAAAAUUUUGCUUCAAAUGCAGAUCAAUCAAAAUUUUCAAUGAUGAUACAAAAUGGAGAUUGCACAAUGCAAAGGCAAAGAGUAACAGGGCCAUUAGAAGGAAUGAUGCUUUCAUUAACUGUAGUAGUUUCAUUUCAUGGAACAUUUGUUACUCGUUCUGAUCGAGCUUUUCAUUGUAUGUGCUUCUUCAGAAAUAUUAAACAUUUGACAAAUAUUCUUGACAUGAAUAUGGUUGGGACAACAGAAUUAAUGGAUACAAUAAAAACACCAACUUGUCAUUACUCAAUUCAUGCUCAAUCUCCUGAUGGGCCAGCAUUUCAAUUAGGGAAGGUUGGAGAUAAAGUCUAUCACGUGUGGGAAUGUGAUGAUUCUGAUUAUGGAUUCUUAGUUCAUUCAUGUGCAUUAGACGUAGAUGGAUGUGCUAUAGACCCAAUCAUUCAACCAGAUGUUGAAUAUACUCCAGAAAAGAAUAAAGCUUAUGUUGAGACAUUUGGAUAUAAAUUUAGUGACACAACAGUUUUAAAUUAUCAAUGUUCUGUUGAAUUAUGUAAAAAAGCAAUAGAUGAAUGUCAUGGACUUACUCCGCCAAUUUGUGGACGACAAAAAAGAGGAAUAUUUGAUAAUGAAAAUAAAAAUAAUAGACGUAAUGGUAAUAGAAGAAGAAAUAAUAAUAUUGAAAGAAACGGAAAUGAAAGUUUACCAAAAACAUUUAAACUAAAUGAAAAGAUGGAUUUAGUUACAAGUUUAAAAAUUUUGGAUGCAGUAUAUGAAAGUAGUGAACAAUUUGGUGAUGAACAAGCAUUGGAAAGAGGAGAAAUGGUUGCUGAAUUAACAGAAAUAGAUCCAACAAGAGAAACAGCUUAUAAUUGUGUACGUUCAAUGGCUGUUGCAUUUGUAGUUAGUGUUAUGAGUGCAAUUUUAUUAAUAAUUAUUGCUAUAAUUGUUUUGUUUGUAAUUAAAAGGGAUGAAAAAGAAGAAGAGAUAUAA